CAACUCACAAUCUCACUUAAUCGUUACCAACUAAACUCUCUCAAACUCAGACAUUCGUUCGAAUUCACAUGCUCAACAAAAGAAAAUCUCACCUUUGGCGACGACGAAUCAGAUUAGGGUUUCAAAAGUGUAAUUGGUGUUCAAAGGAGCAUCCUGCAAAAUCCUCUUUCAUGUGCUCAGCUUGGAUCGGCCUAUUUUGAUGCUAAAACCGAAAACGGUACCGGUAAUAGAUCCUCGUUUGCCGGAGCCGCCCUGCAAAAGAAUUGCCUGCAGCAGAUCUGUAUUCUUCUAUUACUAUCUUUCCAGCCAUUAUCAUGGUCAAUGCAACAAAAGGCGUCUUCAUUUCCUGUGACAUACCUAUGGCUCAAUAUAUCAUAAAUAUGAAUGCUUCAAUGCCUGCAUGUGACAAGUUCAUAAUACAUGUCUUGGAUAGUACUCACAUGUUUGUUCAACCCCAUGUCGAGCUAAUGAUUCGGAGUCAAAUCGCAAAGUUUAGAGAAGACAAUACAUAUGUCAAGCCUUCUUGAUUCAAUUUCAAUUUCAUCUUAGGAAUAUAUAUGUUAUUUUAGUUCUUUAUCAUGUUGGAAAACACUCUUCUAUUGAUGUUGAUGUUGAAAUGCCUUUUGAAAAGUUGUAUAGACACAUGAUACAACUAUUUUGGUUAAAUUCAUAAGGAACUGGUGCACUAUAAACAUGACCAACUUGAUAACAUCUAUGUUCAGCAGCAUGAGUGUGUACACUGUGUAUAUUGACUUUGAAGUUGUGUUUGUUAAGACUUUCUCGAGCAUUUCUCGGCAGAGAGAGCUGAAAUAGUAGAGGAAUGUUAAAACUAUUGGAAAGAGGUUAUCUAAUUAAAAUGUGUCUUCUAGUUUUGGCA